AUGUUUAAAUUUGCAGCAUCGUAUCCAACAUGUAGCAAAGGUGAAUCACCGGUCUUUUUACUCCAACAUAAUGCUACCGCAGGCAAGAUUCUAAAGCGGGCUUCAACAGCAAAUCUUGUGGAUUGUGCCGAUCUUUGUUCCACUAAUGAUGAAUGUUUGGCGAUAACUUAUAAAGAUAAAGAGUGCAAGAUGUUAUCAAGUAUUGGUGAACCAGCCGAACGUUCAAAUGAUUACAUGUUGUUGAGUAAAAAUUGCGCUAAAAGUGCUCGGAUCUGCUCAUCUCCAUUUCAAUUCGAUGUGUACGAACAAAAAAUUUUAGUCGGCUUUGCUCGCGAGGUCGUAUCAGCUGAUUCAUUAUCAGUAUGUCUAGCAGCUUGUUUGAAUGCAUUUGAUUCAUUCGGUUUUGAAUGUGAGUCGGUGAUGUACUAUCCGGUUGAUUCGGAAUGCAUUCUGAAUACUGAAGAUCGUUUGGACCGACCCGAUUUGUUUGUGGAUGAAUUGGAUGAUAAUGUUAUUUACUUGGACAACAAUUGCGCCGGAUCGCAAUGUUAUGCACCAUACAUCACACAAUAUAUUGCCGUCGCAAAUAGCCAGUUAGCUAAUGAACUUGACAGACAACUGAUAGCUGAUCGAGAAUCAUGCGAAUCAUUGUGUACACAACGACUGUCUACAACGGCCAACGAUUUCAACUGUAAAUCAUUUAUGCAUAAUCCGGAAACUAACGCUUGCAUACUUUCGGAUGAACGUUCCAAGCCGCUUGGUCGUGGCAAUUUGGUGGAAGCUAACGGUUUUACAUACUAUGAGAAAAAAUGUUUUGCAUCACCACGGACAUGUCGUAAUGUACCGUCAUUUGAGCGUGUACCACAAAUGAUACUUGUUGGUUUUGCUGCAUUUGUUAUGGAAAAUGUACCUUCGGUGACAAUGUGUCUUGAUCAGUGCACAAAUCCACCACCAGAAACUGGAGAAAAUUUCGAGUGCAAAUCUGUAAUGUAUUAUUACAAUGAGCAAGAAUGUAUUUUAAAUGCUGAAACACGAGAAAAUAAGCCGGAUUUGUUUAUACCGGAAGGAGAGGAAUUUCAAGUUGAUUACUUUGAUAUUACUUGUCAUUUGCAUCCUGAAACAUGUCCAAACGGUACAACAUUACAUACCGUACGUACAGUCAAUGCAGCACUUCCUGAAGGUGAAGGAUCGAUUCAUAUUUUGCAAUCAGCUGGAAAUUCAGUUGCUGAUUGUAUGACAAAAUGUUACGAAAUGGUUCCCGAGAAAUGUCGUGCAUUCAAUUUUGAUAAACAGACAUCUGAUUGUGAUCUGUUAUAUGUUGAUGGGAAAACAACCUUACGACCUGCAGUUCAUUCGGGCAUUGAUCUCUAUGACCUUCAUUGCCUCGAUCAAGCGAAAGUAUGCGCACAACAAAAUGAUGUGACACGAUUUUCGAGAUAUUUAUAUAGUAUAUAUGAUGGAGUACCAUCGCAAUUUUAUGAAACGACUGCUCUCACAAAUUGUCUUAAUCUCUGCUCAUCUUCCGGAAGUUGCGAAGGUGUAAAUUACAACAGAAGAAAUGGCCGUUGUGAACUGUUUGAUAAGAUCGAAGGAAAUGGAAAACCAAAUGACUUCACCGACUUUUACAAAAAUCUUUGUAUGGUGAAAGAAGUGGAAUCGGAAUACAGUGCCGCUGCAAAUGUUCCCAAACAUCUGCUUCAGAAUGUUUCAGAAUCGUUAGCUUCUCACAAACAAGAAGCUAAAUCACACAUUAUUGCAACAAAAACAAAGCCUUUCUUACGUGAACAAGAAGCGCAACGACGAGCUCCAGAGACGGUAAGGGCAGUUGCGCCUUCCGGAAAAGUAAAUGGAGGUGCAGGAUCAUCAGCUGAUGCAACAUUCACCAUUUCCUCGUCCGGAAAACUUCCAGGACCUGUUGUGCAAAUUUCUCCAGAUGCAGUGCAAACAAUUUGUAAUUAUGAAGGCAUCAAAGUGCAGGUGAGAAAUGAAGAAGCAUUCUCGGGAGUGAUGUUUGUUAAAAACAAAUAUGAAACUUGUCGGGUAGAGGUUACGGAUAGUGAAAGUGCAACGUUAGUAAUUGGUUUACCACCAAAUUUUGGUUCAAAAAUGGUAUCUAACGAAAAGGAUGCCGCUGAUCACGCAAAUAUCCAACAAUCAAUAACGGAAGGUAAUAAAUUGGAUAAACCAGCGGAUGAAUUGCGCAUAAGGCGGCAGGCUGUCGAACUACAAAGGGAUUGCGGAAUCCAAGAUAUGAAUAAUGGUACUUACAAAUCAACGGUAGUUGUCCAGACGAAUAAUUUAGGUAUACCUGGACUAGUAACCUCUAUGGAUCAGAUUUUUGAAGUGAGCUGUGAUUACAGUUCAAUGCUUGGUGGAAAAGUUACUGCUGGUGCUAAUCUUACAAUUGAUGGUCCUGAGGCAUCCCUUAUUCAACCUCGAGGAAAAAUUGAACUUGGCAAUCCAGUGCUAAUGCAAAUGUUGAGCGGACAAGGAGACUAUCAACCUGUUCUACAAGCAAAAUUGGGUGACAUCCUGCAAUUACGUUGGGAAAUAAUGGCAAUGGAUGAAGAGCUUGAUUUCUUCGUUCGAGAUUGUUUUGCUGAACCGGGAACUACGACUAUAAAUGCAGAAGAAAAUUUGCAGCUUAUUGCAAAUGGUUGUCCAACGCCAGCUGUAUCGCAGAAAAUUAUGCCUGAGCCGAUAGAAGUGAUGUCCUCCUCAGUAAAGAUAGCACAUUUACAAGCGUUUCGAUUUGAUUCGUCCAGUGUUGUCAGAAUAACAUGUCAUUUGGAUAUUUGCAUGAAAAGCUGUAAAGAGGUGACAUGUCAGCUGGACAAAGAACAAAAACAAUCAUAUGGUCGAAAGAAGCGCAGUACAGUCAAUUCAGUUACUAAUUAUGAGACGGAAAGAUACAGAAUCCCAAAACGCGCUCAAGCCACAACAUCUGUAGUAGUGAUAGAUCCUCUUCAACAAGUUGCCGAACCAGCUGCCCUUGCACGAUCACAAACUUUCGAUCUUAUGCAAGAAGAACCGGAGAUGACAAUAACCGCUCUACCAGGACAAUUGUGUAUGGCCAAAGUAUCACUACUUGCUAUUUUUGGUCUUCUUCUUACUAUCACAGCCGUGCAGGCUAUUGUUGUUGCUCAUUAUGUAUUCCAAAGGCUAACAGGAAAUUACAAAAAGAAAUACUAA